AUUUUAGACUCAUCAUUCUCAUAUCUCAUUUCUCUCCAUUACUCUGCUUCUCGGGUCCUCAACCAUGCAUAGACUUCUUUCCAAAUCAAUCUCUUUUAAGAAUCCCAGCUUUACUUUUCUUUGUUCAUCGAAUUCCUUUGAUACCCGUCUCUGGAAUUCAUCUCCCUCGACAUCAAUCUCUCCCAACACAAAAAUUUCACAUGGUUCUCCCCAGGAGCUUUCCAAUUCGACAAGCUCAAAUGGGUUUUCUGGAAUUCAACAUUUUAGUCAUAAUCCAAGCUUUUCAGUCUUCCAAAAUGGUUUUACACAGCCGUUCUCAUCUGGGUAUUGCCUCAAAUUUGCCAGUUUGAGGAAUUUUGAUGGCGAGAGAAGUGGAAUUUUGAGAAAUCAGGGUUUUGGGACUCAAUCCAGGAGUGUGUGUAGCGAACCGGACAGGGAAUCGAUUGAGUACGACGUCGUUAUUGUUGGGGCAGGACCUGCAGGUUUGUCUGCGGCUAUUCGGUUGAAGCAAUUGUGUCGUGAAAAAGAUGUUGACUUGUCUGUCUGCGUUGUGGAGAAAGGAGCUGAAGUUGGUGCACACAUAAUUUCUGGGAAUGUUUUUGAACCUCGGGCAUUAAACGAACUUCUUCCUCAGUGGAAACAGGAAGAGUCGCCGAUCACUGUCCCUGUCUCAUCUGACAAAUUUUGGUUUCUUACAAAGAAUCGUGCACUUUCUUUGCCAUGCCCUUUUGAUAAUAAAGGAAGUUAUGUAAUAAGUUUAAGUCAAUUAGUGCGUUGGAUGGGAGCCAAGGCUGAAGAAUUAGGAGUAGAAAUAUACCCAGGUUUUGCUGCUAGUGAGAUAUUGUAUGAUGCGAAUGAUUUUGUUGUUGGGAUUGGCACUAACGAUAUGGGAAUUGCCAAAGAUGGUUCAAAGAAGGAAAAUUUUCAGCGUGGUGUAGAACUGAAAGGACGGAUAAUGCUUUUAUCUGAGGGCUGUCGAGGGUCAUUAUCGGAGAAAAUAAUUAAAAAGUACAACUUGAGAGAGAAGGGACACUCACAACAUCAGACUUAUGCUUUGGGAAUUAAAGAGGUCUGGGAAAUUGAUGAGAGCAAACAUCAUCCUGGUUUUGUGCUUCACACAUUGGGUUGGCCUUUGGAUCAAAAGACAUAUGGAGGAUCGUUUAUGUACCACAUGAAUGAUAGACAGGUUUCCAUUGGUCUAGUAGUUGCUUUGAAUUAUCACAAUCCAUUUUUGAACCCUUAUGAGGAGUUCCAGAAACUUAAACAUCAUCCUGCAAUCAAACCAAUGCUGGAAGGUGGGACAGUUCUCCAGUAUGGAGCUCGCACUUUGAAUGAAGGUGGUUUUCAGUCUAUCCCAUACCCAGUUUUCCCUGGAGGAGCAAUUAUUGGAUGUUCGGCUGGCUUCUUGAAUGUUCCUAAAAUCAAGGGAACACAUACAGCAAUGAAAUCAGGAAUGCUGGCAGCAGAAGCUACAUUUCAUGUGCUUCAUGAAGGCUUGAGCAUGGAAACAUAUUGGAAUAAUUUAAAGAAUUCAUGGAUAUGGGAAGAACUAUACAAGGCUCGUAACUACCGGCCAGCAUUUGAAUAUGGACUCGUUCCUGGCCUUGCCAUAAGUGCUAUUGAACACUAUAUAUUGAAAGGAAAGUUUCCCUUCACAUUGAAACAUGGGAAACCCGACCAUGAGGCAACAAAUGUAGCAGAACUACAUCGUCUAAUUCAUUAUCCAAAACCAGAUGGGGUGCUCUCCUUUGAUGUUCCAACUUCUCUACACAGGAGCAACACAAAUCAUGAACAUGACCAACCUCCUCACCUUUGCUUAAGGAACCCAAAGAUUCCUGAACUCAUAAAUCUGCCAGAAUAUGCUGGACCCGAAUCACGUUACUGCCCUGCCCGUGUAUAUGAGUACAACCCAGAUGAAAAUGGGCAAGUAAAGUUGCAGAUCAAUGCUCAAAAUUGCCUGCACUGCAAGGCAUGUGAUAUAAAAGACCCAAAGCAAAACAUUGAGUGGACAGUGCCUGAAGGAGGCGGUGGUCCGGGCUACUCUGUUAUGUAGAAUAAAUUGAUGCAAAUUCUCAUGUUUCUAUAUUUGUACCAACUCAUUUCCACUUAUCCCAUCUUUAAUGUUAUGCCAUCCUGUGUUUUACACGCUAAUAAAUUUUUCUCAAGCUUUUAAAUAAAGUAAAUGAUGUGAACACUUGUAUA